UGCAAAACUGUAAUAUAAGUCUAAAACGCGUUCACUUAGUUGUGAACUCGUGCGAACACAGUAGACAAUCAUGUCUCAACCAAUUCCUACCCUUUACAUCAACAAUCUCAAUGACAAGAUCAACAAGGAGGAAAUGCGAACCCAACUAUAUGCACUUUUCACCACCUUCGGCAAGGUUAUUGAUGUCAUCGCGUCCAAAGGUCCAAAAAUGAAGGGUCAGGCAUUCCUCGUCUUCACUGAUUUGGCAUCCGCCACUACCGCCAUGAGAGCCUGCGAGGGAAUGGUGUUUUAUGAAAAGCCAAUGCGCAUCACCUACGCGAAAUCGAAAUCAUACGCUACUUCGCGAAAAGAAGAUCCAAAAUUUGUCCCACCAACAUCUGUUCAUGCAAACCAGGAUAUAGCUUCGCUUGCAAAAGUCACCGUUUCGUCUGCUGAUAAGCGCCGGCGCGAUGAGGAUAUGGCAGAUGGGCAGCCCAAGUCCAAACGAGAGAAGUCGGAGGACGACAGUGAUGGAGAAGAAAUGGAGAUCGACGAAGAUGAGGAACCUGCUCCACAACUCAAACCUCUAGCCACCAUUCCGCCGCCUACACAGCAUCCAUCUGCGAGAUUGUUAUGUACAAAUCUCCCCCAAGAGGUUACAGACGAUGUGCUCUCAGUGCUAUUCCAAGACUACAAAGGUUUUCAAUCAACACAUAUCACUCAAUCACCAACUCCGAAUGCUGCUGGUGCGAGCCUAAAGAUAGCACAAGUUUUAUUCGACUCUCCUGAACUUGCAUCGACCGCAAAACAGGGCCUAGAUGGCUUCACACUAAAAAAGGGCUGGAAGAUGUCCGUUGCAUAUAUUUGAUACAGUACUUGUAGGUACCCGCGAAAAUCUGUACU